AUCAAGUAUCUAUAAGAAAUUAAACAUUAAAAUAUAAUUCAAACCAACGAUAAAUUAAAAGUUGUCCUUUAAGUGGUUAAAUUUGGUGUAGAACAAUUAUGGAUGAACCAUUGUCCGUAGGAAGUGUCUCCUUAUGUACUCUCGGACGCUUUAAUUUGUCCAUUAAUUAAUACAUUGUCUUUCUUUCAACAAAAAAAAAAACUAAAUUUGCCAUAAAAAUAGUUAAAUUUACGCUCAGACUGGCUGUUUCACAAUAAAAUUAAUGUACACCCAAUGUACACAAGACUUAUUCAAUACUUCGUUUCAAAAUUUUAUUUUUUCUCUUGUCUUAUACUCAAUCUUACUAGAUAUUAACUGCAUAAGUGUGAUUAAUUUUAUAAUGUUGGAGGACCCUAACCAUACUUUAACCCUCACGAUUUUUUUGAUCCGAUAUUUGCGGGUAAAAUAGUUUGAGAGUGGUGGGGAAGGGUAAGAGAUCCCCACCCUAAAAGUGUCUCUAAUGGAGAUUAAACCCCCAAUUUCAAUGUUGGAAGGUUCAAUCAAUAUCACUAGACCAAACUUAGCUUGGUAAUUUCAAUACUAGAUUAAUGCCCAUGCAAUACACAAUUUUUUUUUUUUUUUUUUUUUUUUUUGAAUGUUAAAAUGUUGGGUUUAUAUUUUAAAAAGAUGUACAGUACUCCAUAAUUAUUAUGAGUUUAAAGGUAUUAUGGUAAAAGAGAGAUUACAACUUUCUAAUCAAACAAUAACUCAUGUCAAGAUAAUACGAAGUAUUAGGUGUUCAAAUCAAACAAGAUCUCAUAUCAAGAUAGUAUUAGACUUUAUUGUAAAUUUGUAAAUUGUAAGAAAAAAAGAAUUGUAAAUUGUAAUAGAAUCCACAAAGAUAUCAAAAAAACAAAUCAUAUAAGAACAAUAACAAAAAUCGUGACCUUUUUUACUAACACCAAAACAUGUCAACCUUAACAAAUUAAAAAAUAAUUAAGAAAGAAAGGAAAAAAAUCAGAAUCAAAUUAAAAAUAAAUUCGUUGAUUUGUUACCUCAAUUAAAUUGAAAAGAGAAAGCAGCAAUAAAAAAGGAAACAGAUCCAAAAUUUCCCAACAAAACGGAUUGUAACUGCCAUUUCUGUUCGUUACUUGUUGAGUGUACGUCACACUCUCUCUCUCUUUCUCUCUCUCACACACUUUUUAACAUUAUUUUCAGUCAAGAGACCAAACAAAACGCAAAGAUACGCCACGUCAUCAUUCUUAAAAUCUCAAAAAAUAAUCAAAUGAUUAUUAGAAAAAAAAACAAAAAAUUACUUUUUCUUUUUAAAAAAAUAUAUCCCCUAAUUCGAAACGCCCACGUUUCGUAUGGUAAAGCUCAAUACUAUAAAUUAGACUCAAGUUUUCCUGACUAAUUCCACCUUCUGUUUUAUUUCUUCCUCCUUUUUUUUCCUUUUUUUUUUUAAUAAAAAAAACCAAAAAAAUUGAUGGAAGAAAAAUUCUUUCUUUAAUCUUCCAUCAUUCCUUAAUUAACUGAUCCAAACCCCAGAAAAAUUUUCAGCCAUAUAUCAGAAAACCCUGACUCAUAGUUCUAAAAUUCUUGUUAAAUUUUAUUUGAUCAUUAUAUUUUUUUUGUAUUGUAAGUGAUUUUAUAUAAUUUUGAUGGAGACGGCAGUAGGAACCCAAAACCAACCCUCAUCACCUGUGGUCGUAGCCGGUCAGGGAACAACCCCGGUAGCAAAUACCGAGGUUGGGGGAGUGUUUGGGAAUCUGUCAUUGUAUGUAGGUGACUUGGAUGCAACUGUGAAUGAAAGUCAGUUGUAUGAACUGUUUAAUCAUGUUGCUCCUAUUGUGUCUGUAAGGGUUUGUAGGGAUCAGAACAAACGAUCAUCACUUGGUUAUGCUUAUGUCAAUUUCGCUUCGCCUCAAGAUGCUGCAAGUGCAAUGGAGAUUUUGAAUUUCACGCCUGUAAAUGGCAGGCCUAUUCGGAUUAUGUAUUCUCAUCGAGAUCCUAGCCUGCGAAAGAGUGGAUUUGCUAAUGUUUUUAUCAAGAAUUUGGAUUCUUCUAUUGAUAACAAAGCACUGCAUGACACAUUUGCUGCUUUUGGUGCCAUACUUUCCUGCAAGGUAGCUAUUGAUAGCAGUGGUCAAUCUAGAGGAUAUGGAUUUGUACAAUUUGACCGAGAGGAAGCUGCACAGAAGGCAAUCAAUAGUUUGAAUGGCAUGUUGUUGAAUGACAAACAAGUGUAUGUUGGAUCUUUUGUUCGGCGUCAGGAAAGAAACGGAGAUGGAUCACAAAAAUUUACUAAUGUUUAUGUGAAGAAUUUAUCUGAAAAUUAUACUGAUGAGGACCUUAUGAAAGCUUUCAGCCCAUUUGGUUCCAUCACAAGUGCUGUUGUGAUGAAGGAUUCGAGUGGAAAAUCCAGAUGUUUCGGUUUUGUCAACUUCCAAAGUCCUGAAUCUGCAGCAACUGCUGUUGAAAAGUUGAAUGGAACAGUUCAGGAUGACAAGACUUGGUAUGUAGGGAGAGCUCAAAGGAAAUCAGAGAGGGAAGCAGACUUGAAAGCUAAAUUCGAACAAGAAAGAAUCAGUCGCUAUGAAAAGCUGCAGGCUGCUAAUUUGUAUUUGAAAAAUCUUGAUGAUAGCAUAAAUGAAGAAAACCUGAAGGAAUUGUUUUCUGAAUUUGGAACUAUAACAUCAUGCAAGAUCAUGCUUAAUCCUCAUGGUGUUAGCAAGGGCUCUGGUUUUAUUUCGUUCUCAACCCCAGAGGAAGCAACAAAAGCAUUAAAUGAAAUGAAUGGUAAGAUGAUAGGAAAGAAGCCUAUAUUUGUUGCUAUUGCCCAACGCAAAGAAGAACGGAAAGCAAGGUUGCAGGCUCACUUUGCUCAAGCUCACCUGCACGGAGGAAUGGCACCCCUGCCGACUGGGAUGCAUGGAUUCUAUCCUGGGUCACCUAGACUUGCUCCUCAACAGCUUUAUUUUGGCCAAGGUGCUCCAGGUAUGCUUUCCCCUCACCCUGCAGGAUAUGGCUUCCAGCAGCAAAUCUUGUCAGGGAUCCGUCCAGGAGUUCCCCCAAACUUUGUGAUGCCUUUCCCCGUCCAGAGACAUGGGCAACCUGGACGUGUAGGUGGAAGGAGAGGCGGUAAUGCUCAUCAGUUGCGGCAAGAGCAACAGACUGCAAAUCGCAAUGGUGGUCAGAGUUUCAGAUAUAUGGCUAAUGGACGAAAUGGCCUUGAUUCGCCUGUGGCUCCUCAAGGUCUGGGAAGGCCAUUGGUGCCAAUGACCUUGGAUGUUUCUGGAGUGCCCUUGACUGCUGCUGAUGUUGCAAGAUCUGGCCCACUGUCAGUGCCAACACUUGCUUCUGCCCUGGCUGCUGCAUCUCCUGACAGUCAGCGCAUGAUGCUAGGGGAACAACUGUAUCCAUUGGUGGAUCGUCUUGAGCAUGAUAAUGCAGGAAAAGUCACUGGCAUGCUGUUAGAGAUGGACCAGACAGAAGUACUGCACCUUAUUGAGUCUCCUGAUGCUCUCAAGAAGAAAGUUUCUGAGGCCAUGGAUGUUCUCCACUCAUCUACCUUAGGUUCUGAAGCCGGUGAACAGCUUGGCUCACUUUCACUUACUGAUUGAUCCAUUCAUAAUCUUCUCAUUGAUACUCUUUUGCUGGGAAGGCCCAUAUUUUUGAGGGCAGGUUCAACUGUCAUUCAUGGGCUGUACUUUAAGAAUAUCUUUGAGAUGUUAGAUUAAUUAGGAUUUCAUUUAGGUUGCUUAAAUCAUUAUAGCGCAGGAUUUGCUUCUUUUAAACUGUUAUUUUCAGACAACAGUUGACAGAAGGUUAUUCUAGUUAUUAUACUUUGGGAUUUUUGGAUAUUGUUAUUUUAGUUUCAUGGGCAUAUCAGUUUAGGUUUCCUCAUGGUCAUUUUGAAUGUUUGAUAUAAGGAUAUCAUUAUUGGGGUUUUGGAUUAUUUUUAUUGAUUCAUUUUAGUGAUGGGAUUUCAGGAUUUUACUAAAUGCUGUUUAAGAGUUGCAAUAUUUUUUUAAUUUUGACGCUUUCGUGUGAAGUUUGCUAAUACCCUCUGCUUUAUGCAUGGUUGUGACUUGAGAGCCUUAUAAUUUCUCCAUGGAGGCAUAAGGCCUUUAUGAUCUGAUGAUGAGUUUGUAUAGGUUGAUCAGGCCUAUGUGUUUUCUAAGAAGAGGAAGGGGAUGGAAUUAUUUAAUCAAUUGUCGUUGAAUAUGCGCUUUCUUCGUUAUAUGCAAUUAGAUUAUGUUGACAAGGAAUGUGCAAAAAACUCGUAUUUGUCACAGUCAAAGCAUUUUGACAAGACGCUUUCUAUGCAAAG